AUGAGUAUCAUAUUCUAGGCAUCUAAUGCUUAACAACUAUCACUACGUAACACCAAGGUGACUAUUUUAUCGAAGAAUAAAUCAGACUCAGAAAUAUUAAUAUUUGAUUCUGAUUGUCUUAUUUUUAGAGAGUACUAAUUAACUAAUGUCAACAUUCAAAGUGUAGUCUGUGAUCCAAACUUAUAAUUUCUACUUAUGUUUGAAGAAUAAGAACAGGAUAAAUUAACUAAUCUUUAUUCUGCAUAAUUAGAAAAAUCUUUUACUCCUGUGACAAAGAUACAAAUUCCAACUACUCAGUUAAGGUUGGUAGAUUGGUGCAAUAGUAGAAUUUGCGCACUCAUUUUUAAAAAUGAUCUAGUGCUAUAUGAUAUUUUUUUAAACAAAGUCAUCAAGAAAAUAUAAUCAGAUUUUAAUUAAAUCGAACAAUUUACAAUAUCUAAGAAAUUUGAUUAAAUUCUUUGUGAAUUUCAAUAGAACAAUCAUAAUUCCAUUUGUUUAGUGCUAGCUGUAGAAAAUUAAACUGAGGUCUAAAAGUUUAAUAAUUGUGUCUCCUGCAAAAUAAUAGAAGAAUAAGAGAAAGAUUCCUUUUUAUUGAUUCAAAACAAAUCAAGUUAGUUAGUCAUUAUUCUUGCAAAAUUUGAAGAUGGAUUUUAAAUAGAAAAAGAGAUUCAGCAAAAUUUGUCAGAUCCUCCUUAAAAUAUAAUAAAGGUAGGAUACAGAAAAAAGAAAAAGGAGAUACUUUUACUUGACUCAUCCUAAACCUUGCAUAUUUAUUCAAUUAACUCAAACUUCUAAAUGUAGUAAAAAAUCAAAAGCAUUCCUAAUAUAAUUUAAUUUAAUGUUUCUCUCUUGGACGAAAACUUAAUGUUUUUGGACAAUAAAAAUCAAUUAUUACUUGAAAAUUUGCCUCCUGAUAUAUCAAUAAGACCCCCAUAUCCAACGUAAUGCUUGACAAUAGCCUCUCAAGUGAAAAAGAGAGCCUUGUAAGGAAUUUUAACUGAUGUAAACAAAACAAAAUCAACUGAACUCUUGAUGUAGUAAUACCAGUAAGAUUUUGAGAACUUAAAUCCAAAAUUUACAACUUUAGUAAACCUAAAUGUGUAGUUUCGGUUUUUACCUUUAGUAGAUUAUAGAGUUUUAAACCUUAAUUAUCAGGCGAAUUCAAAAUUAAAGGAAUUGAUUCCAAAUAUGGACACUUACGCUGAAACUCAAAGUGUAAAGAAACAUUUACUUUAAUUGGAAACUGCUAUAAAUGGAGAUAACCCAAUCUUAUGUGAAGGCAGUGCUGCAUGUGGAAAGACGUCGAUAAUUUAAUAUUUGGCUUAUAAAAAUAAGUAGCCAUUAAUAAUAAUGAAUUUGAGUUCAUUUACUUAGAUUUCUGAUUUUAUUGGCAAAGUUGAAAUUCUACCAGGAUUUAAGUUUGAAUUCUAACCAGGCCCUUUUGCUUAAGCUGUAUAAGAGGGUUCAUGGAUCCUUUUAGACGAGGCAAAUUUAGCGAGUGAUUCAAUACUAAGAGUUAUUGAAGAUGUUCUUGAGCUUGGAUAUAUCACUUUAUAUGGCAACGGAACUUUAACAAUAAAGAAACAUUAAAAUUUUAAACUCUUUUUAACCUAAAAUCCAGCAACUGAUUCAAAGUUUGCAGCAUCUAGAAAUAUCUUUUCUCCAUCUUUGAUGAGCCAAUUCAUUCCCAUAAAGUUUGAGUCCAUGAGUAUGAAUGAUUUAAAUUUCAUUGUUGAUUAAAUUUUAGUCUCAAAGUUACAAGAAAUGAAGAAAUAGCCAGAGCAAAAGAUAUCUAUUUAAUAAUUAUCCUUUCUGAUUAUGAUGAUUUAUGAAGAAAUUAAAUUGAAAAAUAUGGAUGAUGGACUUUUUACCUUAAGAGAUAUAGUUUAAAUUAUUGAUUUCAUUUUUGUUUCAUUUGAAUAAGACAAGGACAAAAUAUUUGAAUUAUUGCCUCUAAAAGAUUGUAUGAAAUUAAUCUCAACAUAAUUCAUUUAUUUAAAAAAGAAUCGUGAUCUUAUAAAUUAUCAAAUAGAUCAAAACAAAUUUAUUGCUGAUACAAAUGAUGCAUUUGAUUAAACAAAAUCAAAGAGGGAUACUGAAAUUAUGAAUUGGAACAAUACAAAUGAGUUAAAGGUUCUCUCAUUUCAUGAAACAUUAUUUUCAAUGUUGACCUUAUGUUACAAAACUAAGAGAGCAGCAUUAGUAGUGGGAUAAUAAUUUUGUGGAAAAUUAUCAAGCAUUCUUCUUUGGUUAAAAUUUCAGAAGAUAGAAAAAUAUGAAAUACUGGAAUUAUCCUCUAGUACAAAUGCGGAAGAUUUAUUUGGAAAGUAUCAACCUACUUAGAAUGGAUUUGAAUUCAUUAUAGGACCAGUUACCAGAUGUUUUCAUCAAGGGAAGGUGUUAAUCCUCACUAAUUUUGAAGCCCCAGAUUGUGCCUUAACAGAAUCGUUAAAUGGAAUUUUGGAAAAGAAAUUUCUUUAAUUAUUGGUGUAGAAUGAAAAAUACCAAAGACACUAAGAUUUUGCUGUGAUUGCAGUUUCAUCUGAUUUUCAUGAAUUAGAUAAAAAAAUCACUCCAGCCUUAAAAAGCAGAUUCUUAAGCUUUUUCUUAGAAUUUCAAGUAAAUUAAGAUGAUAUAAUUUAAUUAUUUUAAUCAGCAAAUAUACCAUCUGAUAUAAACUUUGUAAGAGAUAUUACUACCAAAUUAAUGGCAGGGAAUAAUGGGAAGACUUCAUCCAAUUUAGAAACCUAAAUUGAAUAAAUAUCAUUGAACAAAAUAAUCAGAUUCUUAAAGCCAAUCAAGGAAAUCUAGAAAUUCGCUGAAGCUCAAUUUAAGAUGAAUUUGUAAUAAAAAGUAAUACAAUGUAUAGAUUUCUUCAUUGCUUUAAGUUUACAAGAUAAUAAGUCUCUUUUAAGUGAAUAAAUAUAAGUACCUCUUCAUUAUUAGUAAUUAUAAUCAAAAGAUAGUAAGAAAAACAAUUUUGUUGUAACUCCAUCAAGGAAAAUUGUCUCUGAUAUAAUUGCAGUAGCUGUAGCUGCUAAAAUACCUUUGGUUUUAUAAGGAACAGCAGGAGUUGGAAAAACAAAAGUAAUAUCUACAUUUUAAUAAACAUGCAAAUUAUUUGAAUCAACUACUUUUCAUUAUAUUAAUUUGAAUUAAAAUACAGACGUUAAUGAUCUAAUGGGAUAAUAUAUAUCAUCAUGCAACUAAGAUAAGAAGGAGUUUAUACUAAAAAAAGGCCCAUUGUAUUUAGGAAUGGAGUAAGGUGGAAUAGUGUUAAUAGAUGAGGCUAACCUUUCAGAUGCAAGUUUACUUAACUUCUUAGCAUCUGUAGCCAAGUAUCCUUCAGAAUUUCAAGAUCCUAUUUCAAAUAAAGUUAUAAAGGUUCAUGAAAAUUUUAGAAUCUUUUUCGCAUAGAAUCCUCCAUCUUAUAAUAGCAGGACUGAGCUCCCACAAACAUUAGCUUCUAAAGUUAUAGUUGUUGAAGUUCCUAAUUAUCCUUAUGAGGAAGUAAUUAAAAUUUGCACAGAGUCACAACUAAGUAUGAAGAAAGAUAGUUAAGAUUGCAUCAAAAAAGGUAUGGAAUAUUUUCUAACCAAACUAAUACCGUAUCCAAAAGACGGCAAUGAAAAUCUAUUAAAUUUCAAUGGGACCUAAUUUACUUUAAGACAAUUCAUAAGAUUUAGAAAUCGUUUGGAGAAAACAAAUUUUUCCACUAAAUAACCUAAUUGGGAAAAUCAAUUACAAUUACAUUAGAUAAUUCUUUUUCCUAAAAAUGCCUCUGAAGAAUAAGAUUUAGAAUGUAAAAUUGAAUAUAAACAAUAAACCAUUAAGUUUUCAAUAAAAAAUCAACAGGCUGAGAUAUCGAUACCAUUUAAACUUGGCAAAAAUUACAACAUUCAUAAAUCGGCAGAAUAAAAUCUAAACCCUAUUUAAAGAUUAGUCUUAUGUAAAAUAGCAUUUAGCUGUUAUUUUAGAGAAAAUAUUUUAAUUGUGGGGAAAACAUCAUCAAAAACAUACUUAUCCUAACUAUUUGCCUAACUAGUAGAGUUUUAGAAUCCUUAUCCAUUCGAAUUAAUGUACAUCAAUUCAUAAACUGAGAUAACGGACUUAAUUGGGAGUAUGGAAUCUCAUAACCAAGAAUCUUAUGAAAAAUAUUGUUAAAAUUUAAUUAAGAAACUCGAUAAAGAUGAAUAGAAUAUAAAUUAAAAUGAAAUAAAUAUCGAAAGCAGAUUUAAAUAAUUGAAUGAUAAAUAUCAAUAACCUUCGUUCUUUGAUCAAGUUUUCAAAAAUAUUGGUAACUAAUUCCCUUUUAUUGAAAGAGGAUUAACAUUUAAUGCUAGAUUUGGAGGUGUUGUCUGUUUAAAAAACAUAUCCAUGGCAGAUUAAUCAGUUAUAGAGGGAUUAAAUGCAUUAUUGGAAAUAGAACCACACUUUAUUGUAAAUGGAUAAGAGAUUAAAUUACAUAAUGAAUUUUUUGUAAUAGCAUUAUUAAAUACUAAUUUUGGAGGUUAAUUAAGCGAUGCAUUGUAAUCAAGACUGACAAAAAUCAAAAUAUAAGUUCCAUAACUCAUUAAUUCUACAAAAAUACUAGACAUUUCUUAUUAGAAAUUUAUAUAAAGUAAAAUUAAAAAUUAGGUUGAGAGUGAUCAAAUAAUUAAGUUUGUUUAGGAUGUUUUAAUAAGGACUAAAGAAGUUAAAGAAGUCUACUAUGAAAAUAUAUCUGAUCGAAAAUUCUAUUAAUGGAUGAGCUUUUUGAAUUUGGAUAUAGAUGCUACUCACUUAUAAAAAUUAGCAUUAGGAUUUUAAUUUACUAUUCUGGACAAAUAUAGAAUAACUUUUGAAGAAGAACAUUACAAACAAGCUUUAAACAAAAUUUAAGAAAAAUUAAAAGAUAAAUAGUUUUUCAAUUCUCCAAAAAUCAUCAUGAAUCCGUCUACAAUAAAAAUAUUACAAAGAAUAUACUCAGCAAUUACUACAAAUUAUAUACCUUGCCUUAUUGGACCACCAGGAGUUGGAAAAUCUGCAAUUGCAUCAGAAUUUGCCUCUAUAAUUAAAAAGGAACACUGUAGAGUUUGUUGUUCGGAUUCUUUGAGUGUUGAAGAUCUAUUUGGGUCUUAUGCUCCAAAGAUUGACAAUGAUCAAAUAGCAUUUACAUUUCAAGAAGGAUAUCUAGCUUAAGCAUUAUCACAGAAGAGCUUAAUAUUAUUCGAUGAAGUUAAUUUAGCAUCUCCUGAAGUUUUAAGUACACUUUAGGCUUUAUUUAACACAGAUGAAAAGGAGAUUAGAAUAAAAGAUAGUAGAUUAAAUAAAGAUAAAUGCGUAUUCUUAUGCUCAAUGAAUCCCACUUCAUAUGAAGGGAGAAAAGACUUACCUUUAUGUAUUUCGAAUCUAUUGUGUGAUGUUUAUAUUGAAGCAUUCAGCAUAGAUUAAAGAUAUAAAAAUGAAAUUAAACAUUUAUAAAAUAAUGGAGUUAAUUUUUAAUUGAUGUUGGAUUUACACAAAGAGCUUGCUUUAUUGGCAUAAUAAAAAAUGAAAUCAAAUUAUGACUUUAAUAUUAGAUUUUUGGAGAAUCUAUUGUAACUUUUCAGCUAACAAAUUUUGGAGUAGAGAUAAAAAUUAAAUGAUGAAAAACUUUAAUUAGAAUUGAUAAUUGUUUGUUUAGAUAUGAUAUAUGUAUAGCACUUUUAUAAAACGGAGUUUACAAAAUAAGUGAUAAAAAUAAUCUUAGAUAAGUUUGGUUUAAGUGAGGAAGAAUGGAUCAAUAGAAGAGUCUUUUUAGAGCAAAAUGCAAACAUUAUCAGAAUAAGCAGAUAAAUUGAAAAAGAUUUUAAACCGUUAUUCAAUUUUAUUUUAUCAAAUUAGGUACCUCCUUAAAUUUCCAAUAAUUCAUUAGUUAUAAACUUAUAAAAUUCAGCCAUUUUUGAAAAGCUGUUUAUAGCUAUUCAUUCAAAGAAAGUAAUACUAUGUUAAGGAGAUGUCUCAUCAGGAAAAACUUCCUGCAUCAUCAAAUUGGCUAAUCUUUUAAACCAAAGAUUUAUUCUACUGCCAAUCCAUUGCGAUUUAGAAACUGAUGAUUUACUUGGGAAUUUUGCUUUAGUUGACCCUAAUUACGAUGAAAUUUAAUAAGAAUUAGAGAGGAUUUCUUUGAAAUAAAAAUAGAAAUUUAUAUAUAAUAAAAAAUAAAAAUAGGGGAUGAAUAUGAAAUAUAUCGAAGGAGUAUUAAAGGUUUGUUGUAAAUUUGGAUAUUGGUUAAUUUUAGACAAUAUUAAUUUAGCAAGAGCUGAAAUAGUUGAACGAUUGAAUUCUUUGGGAGAAGAUUCACCUCGCUUAUUCAAUAAUGAGUUUGGAGACUCGAAUUCCUGUAUCAUUCCUCAUAAGAAUUUUCGUUUAAUAUGUGUAUAAAAUCCCUCCAGGGAAGACUAACAUAUAUUAUCUCCUGCCUUUUAUAAUCGAUGUAUUAAAAUUAACUUUUCAAUUGAUAUUGCUGAUAAUUAUAUAGAUGUUAUAGAAAUUUUGACUAGAAGUGGUUUGGGAUAGUAGCUUUAAUUAGAAGAUACUGUUAUUUUGGCAAGUAAUAUAUUGAACUAAAUAAUCUUUAUUUAGGAAUAAUCUAAGUGCUUAAUUAAUCUAAGGAGUAUUAUCAAAGCUUUUAGGAUGAUUUAAGAAAACGGAUUAAAAUAUUAUGAUUAAACAAUGGAGAUCCUUUUUGGAUCAGAUUUUAAGGAAUGUAAAAAUCAUCCUGAUUUUCCAAUUUUUGAUUUCAAUCAUCAACUUCAAGUUGAUUAAAUUCUAGAAAAAUAUAAUGAUACAAUCUUAAAUAAAUUAGUGUCUAAUUCCUUUUAAAUUGUUAACCACGACUAAACUAAAAGAUGGUUGGAUUUAAAAAACUUAAGUUAAUUUUUAAAAAAAUAAUUAUCAAAUAAUGAUAUUCAAAAUUAUUAGAGUUUUAUUGAGGGCAUCAGUAGAUAAAUAUUGCUGGUAAAUUUUUAAACAGAAAACUAAUAUGACUUAGGUUGUUAUGAAAUUCAAGUAAAUGGAGAGUUAAAUAUUUAAUUAUGUUAGGAAACUCUGAAGAUUGAACCUACUUUCUUGUCUUUAUACAUUAAAGGCAAAGAAUUGUUAAAAUUUAUAAUGAAGUCAAAAUGUUAAUUUUAGUAAUAUACGUUUUUAGCUGAAGCAAGAUUGAAUCCUGGAGGUUAAUUGUAAAUUUAAUAUUAAUAAUCUAAUGAUUUAUCUUUGGUUCCUUUGAUUAAAUCCCUUAUUGGGCCAUCUUAAGAAUAAUUUUUUAAGACUUUUAAACACCUUUUAUCAAAAUCAGACAUGGAAUGUUUAUUGCUCCUAAAUCAAGAUUUAGAAAUCAUUUUAAAUUUCAGUUUAAAUGACUACACAUUUCCUAAUAUCAAUUUGAAAUUAAAAGAUAUAUCUGGAAAAUUUGCCUCAAACAAGGAAAAUAUCAUUACUUAAUUUUAACUAAGUUGUGAUCUGCAUCUUGAAUUAAAUUAUUAUUUUAUCAAACAAGGAUAUUUUGGUAGAAUAAAUGAUUUAAUUUCAAAUAGAGGAGAAAUAUGUAUUCCAUAAUAAAAUAUAGUUAAUAUUUUUUUGGAAUCUGGAUGUUUUAGUUUAAUUUCUAAUAUUAAUCUUACUUUUUGUGAAAAUUUUGUACCAUAUAUUGAUUUUGAAGAAAGAAGGGUAGAAAUACAACUUAGAUGUGAAAAACCAAUUUAAAUUUAUAAGUUACCAUUUUGGAUUAAAAUUAAUAAAAUAGAUACAAAUAUAGAACUAAAAUAACCAAUUGCUUUAAAUGGAAGUAUUGAAUUUGCAUUUCAGUUUCUAGAUUAAGAUAUUGGUAAUUUAGUUGGAAUAAUUCAAAAAAACACAAUGAUAUUCAAAUUAACUGAAUAAUUACCUCAAGGAUAACACUAAAUUUAUUCUGAUAAAAUAAUUAAAAAAUUUUUCUAGAAUUAUUUUGAAAACAACAAUAUUUUUAUAUCUUAGUUAUCAAAAAGUAAAGCUACUUCAAUAAAGAAGCUUGAUAUUAUCACUGAUGCAAUUUAUUGGAAUUUUUAAAUAAUUAUUGAGUUUGAUUGGAAUAUUCAAAUUUUUGAGAAAAUAAAUUUCUAAAUAAAAAGUAUGCAAAUAUAUUCCCAUAUUGAUUCAAAAAUUGCAUAAUUUACAAUAGGUUUCACUGUUGAAAUUCUUAAGCUUACAAUUGAAGUUGAAUUAGAGUUUGAUUUUUUGAGAUUUUUUUGCUAAGAUUUAGAAAAGUGUCUAACUAUGAAAUUAAAAAAAGGGAUGAACUCCCCAAAAUUAAAACAUAUUAUUGCUGCUUUCUCAAGUGAUUUGGAAAAGCAAUUAUCAUAAGUAAAAGGGUUUGAUGAAAUUGAAACAAUAUAAUUUGAAUAAGAGAAUUCUAAAUCAUUUUUAAAUUUGGAUUAAUUUGAAAAAUUAGGAGAAGAACUUUAAUAGUUUUUUUAAAUGCAAGAACAUAAAAUGCAAUCUCAAGGUUAUGAUUUUGAAGAGGCAAAAUCAAAAUAAUAAAAAUUUUAAACUGGUUUAGAUGAAAAAAUAGCUUAAAAGCUAAAAUAAAUGUAAGAUGAAAAAAUAGCUUAAGAAUUAAAAUAAAAGUAAGAAGCAAAGGAUUAAGAAAAAUAGAAUUAAGAGCAAACUUACGAAUCAAUGAUAAUUUGGGAUAAUUCAGUUUGGUUGAAAUUUAGCGUAGGUCUAUUGAAUCGAAGGAAAAUAUCUGAAUUUAUAAAUCUUUGUGACUGCUAUUUAACAAUUUUUGGAUCUGAUAAAUGUUUUGGGCUUAUUUUGAAAGGAUUAAUAGCAUUAAAAGGAUUUCCUCUAAAUACCUUUGAACUUUAGUUAAAUCCUACAGGAUCGCUAAAUUUAGAAAUAGAAGAUAAAUCUUUACAAAUGUCAAUCGAUCCUUUCAAAUUGGGUUUUGGUUUGCUUGGACGUUAAUUUGAAGGAAUAGAUAUAUUUCCAAGAGUAAAUCAUAUUGUAUACUUUAAUUACAAUAUUAUAUCUUAAGAAUUUGAAGGUGAAUUAAAUGUUGUGAAAGAAAAUAUUAUAACCAAGUACACUGGCUUAACUUUUGAAAAAAUACAAUUAACAUUUUAAUAAUCCGAAAAACGAAGUGAAGGUUAUGCUGAUUUAAAAGUAAAAUUACUGUUUUUUCAGCAGGAAGUUGAUUUUCUUUUAAAAUUUUAAGACUCUCUAAGUUAGGAAUCAAAUCCAAAUUAUUAGCUAAAAUUUAAUUCUUUUAUAAUCGAGAAGUUUAGUCUGAAUUAAUUCAUAAAAAAUAGUGUAGGAAUAGAUAUUAUUGAAAAGGAUGCAAAGUUUGAGGUUCAGGAUUUUUCUUUUUCUUUAUUAUUAGAAAAGCAUUAAGUGUGGGAAUAUAUAGUAAAAUUAUUUAUAGCAAAUAGUUAAUGUAAAAUUUUUAAUUUAAUAAACAUCAAAGAAUUGAAUGGAUAUCUAGUUUAUAGGAAAAAAGAUUGGGAAGAAACUUGCUUAUCAGGAAUAUGUAGAAUAAAUUAAUUCCUUUUAGGUUCUAUAGACCUCAAGUUCAGUUAAUUAAAAUAAGAAUUCUAUUGUGAUUUCUAAUUAGAUUCAAAAUUUAGUAUGAAAUAAUUUUUUUUGGCUGUUUUUAAUAAAGAAAUAGAUAUUGUAUUGCCAGGGAAGGGGGGGAUGAUGAUGGGGGGGGAUCGGGUAAUGGGGAAGGGAAACCUCAUUGGGCGGUCAGAUGAGGAUCGACGUGGGCGUUGA